UCAGUAAACCAAAUUCAGGGAAGUUUUCAAAGUGACACUGCACUCUAUGGAGGUAAAACCGGUGUCAAACAAAUUUUUACCGCACCUUCGCAAUCACACUCACGUAUGACACCAGGAGGACAGACUUUUCUCUGUGUUAUGGGAUCUGUCAUCAGCAUAGCAAUUAGCAUCUGGUUAGCCGCAUUUAGUCGGGAGCCAGGAUGGAGGAGAGCUGUUUUUGCCACUGGUGCUGCUCUUUGUGCUGUGAUGUUCGCCUUCCUCGCAUUCAUGACCAUAAAACGAGCCAAACACCCACCUGAGCCAGAAGCGCUUCCGGACUUAUCGCAACGUCGUUCUACGAUUGGGGCACGAGUCAGUAAGAAAUCUCUACCUACAUCAGGCAUUGGGGGUAGUGACGACUAUCCUACACAAGUUUAA